CCCCAUCCCAUCCAUCCCGCCCGUAUCGCGCCUGCGCUGCACCUCCACGCCGAUCACUCAUCCGAGUCACCCCCCCCCAGGCGCUUCCGCAAUCGAAAUACCGCGCGCGGGAUCGAGACUCGCUCUUCACCCCUCCAAACACCAUAUAUCACCCACGAUAACAACACUUCCGCUGCCUUCACUGCUCGUUUGUCGAACCGACCUUUCCACACUGACGAGCCGACAAACAACGGGAUCCCGAGUCUGAGUGCCCCCCUCGCUGUGGCUCCUCAUUUCUUUCCCCCGUGCGAAACCGUCCUGCUGCGCAAGCUUGGACGUCUUGCCCUAGGAUCGACCCGGCUUUGGCACGGAUGA